AUGCAAAUUAAACAUCCUGUUUUGGUUUUAAAAAAAAAAGUAAAGGAACGAAUAGAAUAUAAAAUAAAAUGGAAUACAGGUUCGAUUACUUAUGAACCAAUGGUUGAACUUACACCAGAAAUGCUUCAAAUAGUCAAUUAAUGGGAAUUGAAUGAACAUUAAAAAAAGAAUGUUAAGUCCAUUGAAAAGAUUAAUACAAAAACAACAAAAAUUAUUGAAGAACAAUUAAAAUACAGAAUGGAUAUUGAAAAACCAAAACCGACUCCCCAUAAAGAGAGAAGUUCAGAAAAGGGUUAUGUAAAAUCUUUAAGAAAAAAUGAUGGAAAAAUAGAAUUUUGGAUAUAUAUACAUGAUGAAGGUAUAGAAAGAUGGGUUACUUUGGAAGAAGUCAAAAAUAGAAUGCCAAUAGCUUUAUGUGAUUAUCUUUUAUAAAAGGUUAAGUUUGGAGGUAAGUGA